AUGGAAGCAGUAAAGGCAUGCCUGAUAGCAUCCCUCUUAGGAGCGUAUAUCAUAAAUGUUAAACCCGACGAUGCGGACUCGGUGGACUUAGACGAAACGGAAGUUAAGGAAUUACUCAAUUUUGUCGUUUCCGAAAUACAAAAAUUGAAAUUCGAACAUCGCGAGAUUGAUGAUUGCCUGGGAUUGGAGAUCGCUAGCAUGUUGAGUGGAAGGAAACAGAUGGGAAAGGGUACGAAAUACACUUUGACGCUGAAAGUGCAACCAACAAGAAAAGACAGCGAACAUUGCGCCCAACGUAACGUUACGGCACAAAGUUUAAACUCUUCCCCUCAAUUGCAGGAACCAUCACAUCGGAUAACAAAGCUAUCAUCAGGCAAAUCCAUUGAACCAAAUUUAGAAGGCAAGCAAGAUGCUGUAACAGAAAAUCAAAAACAUGAAAUUAAUGGUCUCACAAGAUCUAAUCUUUUGAAUGCAAAACCUCUUCGGAAAUUAAAUGUUCAAGAAAGCUGUAACCGGGAAUUAUCUAGAUCUGUGGAAAAUUCUGGUAAUGCACAUACAGAUAACUCUGGUAUUAGCAUCACUGGUCUUCAACAUCGAAUUCUUCCUGAUGCACCCAAAUUAAUUGGUGGAAAUGGAAAACAUAUUUCAGAUUCUCAGAAUCAUCAUCAACUUUCUCGACAACAGUCACCAAAUUUUCCACACAAUGAACCUCCUCCACCUCCACCUCCACCUCGAGGGAUACAGGGUCCUCCAACUCCACCUUUAACUCAGACUCCUUAUGGUGGUUUAGUUGGAAAUCAUGUUCAACAUUUUCUAAAACGGAUAUCUCCUGUGCCACAUGCUUCAAGACAGCAAACUGUUGGGUCUUCCUCUUCAACACCACAGCGAGGAACGAGUCCAGUUGCAUUAGGUUGGGCUACUGCUGUGGUAUCAAAUGCCAUUCAAGCAAAACAGCAAUUAGCUCAUCAACUUCAAAAUUUAAAUAUUUACUCUAGUAGUACAUCAUCAUCACGAACUGAACCACCACCACCAUAUCCAUCUAGUUCUUCAUUAUAUUCUUCUUCUCCUCCAUCAUAUGCAUCAUCUAGCUCAGGAAGACAGAGUCCUACACCAACAAUCAGUAGUAGUGAAUAUUCAGUGCCGCCUGUUUUACAGCAUAAGAAAACACCACCACCGUCUGAAAAUUCUAUACAAACACAACAUUCUUAUAACUUUCAAGCCACUUCUGCACAUGUAUCAGUUUCUGCAGCAACUGUUUUGACUACAGCCAUUCCUCGUACUACUUCAUUACAAGCAUGGAGUGUACGUCAAGCAAAAUCACAACCUCCAGUUAUUAUGCAAUCUGUGAAAAGCACCCAAGUGCAAAAACCAGUUCUUCAAACAGCUAUAGCUCCUACUGCUCCAGCUGUAACCACUGCAUCACAUGCAGUAUCAUAUAUUCAACAAACAAAUCAACUACCUGCUUGUUUAACUCUUGCUCAAAUGAAUCAUGCCACACCUUUUUCUUCAGUACAAAGUGUCCCAACAUAUUCUCAAAAUUUACAGGCACCCAUUAAUAGUUCAUCAAAUUCUCAAAUAACUUCUACUUCCUCUCCUGCAGAUGUCUAUCAUACAUUGGCAACUGGACAAGUAACAAAUUCUACAUUUUAUACUUCAAAUGCUCGCAGUCAUUUAACAACAACUGCCAUUCUAACUGCUAGUCAGCAGACACAAACUUCAUCAUCAUAUAUGAUACCAUAUUCAUCAAACAUAAAUUUAUUUACCAAUUCUAACCAAAUGCCCCCUCCACCUUAUACGUCUUCAAUUCAGUCAAGUGGAAUAGCAAAUCUUCCACCUUCUUAUUCAGCUAUUGUUAAAAAUACUGGUAAUUCAUGUGGAGAAUGUGUAACUGUAAAUGCUAAUUUAACAACCAUAGCACCUCAUUUGCCAAACAAACAAAAGAAGAAAGUGAAACAAGAUGGACCAUUAGGUAUAGUAUCUGUGCAUAAUCAACUGGCAUCUACUGUACCAACAACAGAUCCUCCAAGCUAUGAAACCAGCAUUGCUGCAUUAGCUGCACAAAAAGCAGCUUCUUCUGCACUUAAUAACAAUUUACCUCCAUCUUUUACAAAUUCUGGAAAUCCUGUUUCAGUUAAUAUAUCUAUUUCUGCACCAUUAAUUAGUAGUAAAACAUCGAAUCAUCCUACAACAUGUAAUUUAGUAGAUACUGUAGAAAGCAUAUGUAUUUCACAAGUUUCAGCUCUUUCAGAUGCAAAUAAUAUGAGAGUAAAUCUUAACAUGCAAGGUGAAUCUAUGCCUUUUUCUUCACAUUCUUCUUUGCAAAGAAAGCCAUCACCAGUUUCCAUGGAUACAGCAAGUUCAGCAUCAAGAUCAGACUCUCCAGUUUCACAUGGUCUAAGUCAGUCUCCUGUUUCAUUUAUGUCUACCACAUCUACUUCAUCACCAUCAACACAAUCAGACACAACACAAGAUAGUAGGAAAAAUCCUUCAUCACCAUCUUAUAAACUUUCUCANAAAGAUCAAAUUAAUUAA